AUGGCGUCUGGCUGGUUCAGCUCGUCGUCAAGCGACCCGACGCGUCCUCCUGACGUCCGCUUCCAGGUCGCUGAAGAGAAACCUCACGGUUUAUACCUGCAGCCCAGCUCUGGUGGUUCGAGAUCCGCCACGAACCGCUCAGCGACGCCGACAUCUUCGGCUUACGUGGAUACAACUCACUCCAAGACGCAUGUUCACAAUGCUUCACUCUUCGACGUAGGCAUCUUGAAGGACACGCUUGUCCCUUCGCUCACCCUACACUCUGGUCUGGCUCUCAUCGCAUAUGGGGCUGCACGAUACACAAACCGCGUUGAAGCCAAGGACUGGCUUUGGCCGAGCGGUCAGGUUGUGAACGCUUGGUGGUCAGCUGUUGGACGCCGUCUCGCUCAAGGCUACACAGUUUCCCAGGCAUUCAGUCGUCUAUCAUGGCACGAGCGUGUUAUCCUUACCGGUGUCACACUAUGGGGAGGACGUCUCUUCUACCGUAUCGUUCGCCGCUCCCUUCAGCGAGGUGAGGACGAUCCGCGAUAUGCCGAGGUCAAGAAGGAGGAAGGCUUCUGGAACAGUGCUCUGUUCAAGGUUUUCGUUCCUGAGGCUUUCUUCCAGAUGCUCAUUAGUCUUCCAUUUACCGCGCCGUUCCGACACGAAGGUGCUGUUAUGACAGGUUACCAUCCCUUCGUUCAGAUGUUUGCCGUCGGAUUGUUUUCAUCUGGUCUGGCUUUGGAGACACUCGCCGACUACCAGCUGGACCAGUUCAAGGCAGAGGGCAACAAGGGCAUUAUGCGCGAGGGAGUAUGGAGCAUUGUCCGCAACCCCAACUACCUCGGCGACGCCCUCGUACACAUAUCAUUCAUCGUCAUGCUCUACGGUUCCGAUAUGCUCGCUCCUGUCGAACUCUUAGGUCCCGCCGCAAACUAUGCCUUCCUCCGCUUCUUUGGCGGCGAUGCCGAGAAAGAGAAACAUCAAGAGCGUCGAUACUCUGCUUCUCAACCCGACAAGUUCCGCGAGUUGGAGAAGUUCAGGGCUGACAAGAAUGCUUUCUGGCCAAGCGUUGAUGAGCUAAGCAACAAGUGGCUAUGGACUGUGCUGGGCGUUGGAGGAUUGGGUAUUGCAGUUGAGCAAACGCUUAGGGCACUACACUAG